CUAUUAAUUAUUUUGACUUCAGGAUAUGUUUUUCCCCAAAUUAGCCCACAUUUAAAAGCCUCUCAUUCAAUGUGAAAGUCUUUGAUCAAUAUUUAACAAGAAGUCUACAAACAUGGCUUCCUCAACCAGUUUCAUCCUCCUCUCCCUCCUCAUCAUCACCAUCGUCCUUUCGCAACGCCGCGCACUCGCAACAACCAUGUCCAUCUACGAACUCCUCCCAGUGUUUGGCCUCCCAGGCGGCAUAUUACCUGACUCAGUCAAGAGCUACACUUUCUGUCCUGAAGAUGGCAGUUUUGUAGUACAACUAGAAAAACAGCCUUGUUAUGUGCAGUUGGAUGAUUACUUAAUCUGCUAUGAUGAGCUAAUAUCAGGCACUCUUAAACUUGGAUCAAUCACUAAUUUGGAGGGAAUUCGAGUUAAAUGGUUAUUGCUUUGGCUACAAGUUGAUGAGAUUAAGGUUGAUUUGCCUCCUAAUGAUAAUAUUUACUUGCAAUUUGGUGUUGUUAACAAGAAACUUGAUGUUGGACAGUUUCAAACUAUUCAUUCUUGUACUAAUCGGGAUAAUAUGUGGAUAUUCAAGCAGCUUCAGCCUCAUGUUGAUGAAUUGCCAAUUUAAGCUAUCAAUUGAACACAUUAUGUCAAGUGUUCAAUGAUAAGUUUUUUCAGAUUUUCACCAAAGAAUUAAAUAUUAUGUCAAAUUGUCCUCGGAAUAUUGUAGGAGUAGCAAUAGUUGCUCCAAGGAAAUUUGACUAAUAUACGUGUAUACAAGAAAACAAGAUGAUAUUUCUUCGAAAUCUAAUUUAUAUGUAUGUGUAGGUUGGUAAAAUAAUUUGUUGAUGGUUUUAUACAAAUCGAACUUUGAAGCCAUCAUUUAUUUUGUUGCGAUAGAGAAAACAAAGAGAUAGAAAUGCAAAUUUGAAAUGUAAAAGCCAACCACCAAUAUUAAAAAGUUAAUAAGAUCAGUUCUUAUUUUUAGAUCGAAAAUGGUUUUCUAGCCUCUAAAUAGUAAAAACACAAUACAACCCUCUUUAUAGGUUGUUUGGUUGUAAUGGAACUCUGGUGGAGGUCUUGUACGAGGGCAGAUCAUAUAAUUUCUUCUGCCCUUUGAAAAAAUUAAUUAUUUUAAUACACUAAUGUUGCAUAAAAAAAAGUAGUAUAUAACUAGUAUUUGUUUUUUUGAGGAGAAAAGUUAAUUAGUGCAUUAAUCAAGGGACGAAAAAUCCGAGAGUACAUAAAGGGAACCACUCGACACCAAAUAUGACUAGUAUAUUGUACACUAGCUAGCAAAUAAUUGCCAAAUCUACGGUUAAGAAUUUGAUAUGAGUUGUUAAUUUCAGUCAUUGACACCAAACCUGCAUCUACCUUAACAUAACGUCUAAGCAAAACCCUGUGUCUGAAAUAGUCAAAACACUUGCACAUCUCUAUCCUGUGAGUGUGCCACAACACCCUCCAAAAUAAUGGCACUUUCAUGGAGUUUUCCGCCCUUAAUCUCUCUCAUCAUCAUCUCUCUCCUCUCUUUUUCCUGCAACUUCAUCAACAGUUCUCCAGACAUCCAUGACAUCCUCUCAGAAUUCAAUCUCCCAAAGGGUAUCCUCCCAAAUGCAGUCAACACUUAUUCACUUUCCUCUAAAGAUGGCAGUUUUACUGUAAAUAUGGAGCACCCAUGUUAUGUAAAAUUCCUUGAUGAUCAAAUAGUGUACUAUGAUAAAGUUAUUAAAGGGAAGUUGAGUUAUGGGAAAAUCACAAAUGUUUCAGGGAUUCAAGCUAAGAAGCUCUUUAUAUGGCUUCCUGUGACAGGUAUGGAAAUGGAUGCGGAUUCGGGUAUGGUUGAGUUUCAUGUUGGAGCUUUGAGUCAGAAAUUUCCUGCUAAACAGUUUCAGAUUAUACCCACUUGUAUGAACAAGGCUUGCUCUAGAUCAAUUGGGUAUGGUCUUAAAUUCAGAUCAAAAUUGAGAUCCUUCUGGGUCAACUAUUACUACUCCCUUUAGAAUAGAAAUAAGUUUCUGAUGAUCUGAUAUCAUCUCCCCAGAAUCUUUGUACUUUUUACUUGUGUAAAGUAAUGCAAUGUAAUGUAAAGUAAUGCAAUGUAAUGAAAUGUUGUUUACUGUUUCA